AUGGCUUAUAUCGAACGUGAAAUUGUGAUUCAUGAACCAUCUGAUUAUAACUCCAAUUGGUCUUCUAGUUACGCUUACGAUGAUCCGUUAGAAAGGUUGGACAGAGCUAAAUUAGAUAGAGGUGAUUUCUACAGAAAAAUGGAAAGCAAUACAACCAGAAACCUUCAUGUACUGGAUUCCCCCUUAAGAGCUAUAUCUCCUGUUCGGCAUUUGGAUACAUUAGUCGAUGAACCCGUUAAAAAGAGUAUAUCUGAUGGCGGUCCCUCUGUUGAUUCUUUACCCAGAGUUCCAGAGCCUCAUACAAGUUGGCGCUUCUACACGUCGUAUGACAAUGGAGAAUGGAAGAGACACAUGGUGCCGGUUUAUCAUUCAGAAGAAGAUGUCUUGAACACAAGUUCAACGUUAGGAGUUCGAGCGAGCAUAAGAACUGAUAGUGAAAGUAACGUUCACACAUCAGAAGCUCUAUCUCCGUCUUUCGGGUUGGACUCGAGUAUGAGACGCAUGAGAAUCGGUCGACCGUCAGUUUAUGAGACGUUACAAAAUCGCAGAAGGAGGUACAGUGAAGGAAUCAAAAGACUCCAAGGACCCCGGUCGCCUGACGCCAUAUUGAAUUCAGUUAGUUACAUGACUCCCGAUGAAAUAAAGCGACGGUACGACGUCAAAGAUUACGUGCCUCGUAGAAAAACAGAGUAUGGUGAACGAGUUAUAUACCCUAGGAUUCUAUCGAGUUCAUCCACUGAAACCGAACCGAAGCUGUUGACAUCAUCAAAUAUUCGUAACGAUUUCGAAGAAGUAACAAGAACCAUUCAUCCGUCGUAUUCAACAGACUCAAACUCCAGUUACGAGACAGUACAAGAAAAAAAACCACUUCCUCCACCAGUAAUAGACUAUGGUUAUCAAGAAAAAGUAAUCGUUCCCACCAAAUAUAAAAAUCCUAGUGGACUUAUCUCUCCCCCUCCUCAACAUGCCAAAACCAUUUUGGACCUCCUUGAUGAUCCAAUAAACACAUCGUCUCCGAGAACAUUGUCGCCAAGAAGAGUUGUUCAUGACAGGCACGUUGAGCCCAGCCAUUUGUACAAUGUCCAUCAUGUUUCCGGCUAUGAUCAUUCACCCAAUUACAACACAGAGGUCAUCAGGACUGUUGACUUCAAUAGCGACAACAACUUCGAAAGAAGAAGCAGAGUGGAUAACCAGCCAGUGAGUUACCAGCCAAUCAUCAGACCGAGAGAGAGCAAUGCAACCAAAGAGCGAGAAGUUGUUGUAGUUGUGAACAACUCUCAAGAUGACCAUCAACAACAAAAUUGUCAGCAACAUCGUUAUCAGCAACAUAAUCAACCGCAAAUUCAACAACAGCAAAAUCAAACUAACAUUCAGCAACAACAAUAUUUAUACCAACAGCAAAAUCCGCAGCAACAGCGAAUGCAGCAUCAGCAGAAAACUUCAACGUCAAUAACACAUGACAACAAGCAGCAGCAGCAACAACAACAACAUCAACUUUCAUCAUUUGCAUCAAAGCAAUCAACAACCUCAGUUAGUCCUUCUCGGGCUGAAGAACUUGCUGCCCAUGUUAGAAGCGGUACAAUGAAUGUCAUGCAGCAGAUGCAGUCGCAGAUGUUUGAAGAGAUGAAAAAUAAAUGUCCCGAGGCAGCAGACGCCAUGGCCACUUUGUUAUCAGGAGGUGAUAAAGAGUCUACAAUGGAAAAAAAGGAGGCCUUUGCUGAACAGGUAAGUCUGUGGCAGGGUGGCAAGCCAGUUGAAGAGAAGUUAGUUCAAGAAACCAGAUACAAAUCUAACGAUCCAAUAUCCGGACCUCAAGAUUAUGUCGAGAGAUCCACUACAACAAGAGACAAUGAUAGUGGAUUUCAAACUGUUAUGUCUUCUCCGUUUGUUCCCAGGCAAACAGCCCAACACCGUCAUCAAUAUAAGCACCAUCCCGAGCAACAUCUACAAAUAACCAGCAAUCGACUUGUUUCUGACUACCAACCAAGUUCUGUUUUUUAUACUCCAGAUCAUCCCCUGGACAGAAGAAUUGACAACGCGGGCAUGCCGGCUGGCUUCCUCAAUGACGGCAGCAACAGGCAAACGUACCAAAAUGUAUCUCAACAAAAUGUGAACAAGCAAAUUAAUUUUGAAUAUGCUCCCGAGAGAAAAACUGAGACUGGCGAUAAGAUUAUUAUACCUACGAAAUACCGCAAAAAUGAACCAAAACCAGCAGCUGCUCAUAGAGAUUAUGAGGACGGAUUCACUAACUACAUUGCAGUCUGCCAACCGUACGAGCCCCACAAAUUCAGUAAUAAUGAUGGUUACACUGAAGGUAGUGCCGCUUCAAGUUAUCAACUCUCGUCAUCAAACAACCGUCUGAAUCAUGCGCAGACCAUUCCCCAGAGUUCAAAUUUCAGUUCAACAGCAUUUCGUACGACAAGCAGACAGACGGGCGAGCCUCAGGUUUACGCUACAAAAGUAGCCGUGCAAUUCGAUUGA